AUGUCAUCAUCGAGGUGUACCUUUAUGCGGCUACCCACCGCCGGCUAUACCGAUAUCUAUGACGAAAUCGUUUCGGAUGUAAGCGAUGCUGAAGAAUGUGAAAGACUUUGCGUCGUUCAGGCCAACGUAGGCGAUCCGUGCCGUCAUUACGAUGGACGGGGAUCAGGGCGAAGUCCGUUGAGCACUCGGAACUCGAAUCUUACGUAUGGAUCGUUGGACGACUGCAUAGAAUCCGCUGAAUGCCGCUACAAUGUGAAAGGAAGAAGAAUGGUUAGGGUUCUCAAGGAAUAUCCAUCACCUCGAGAGCCUAAACUUCCUUGUUUGAGCAUUCGUACUCCAACUGGAUGUAGUCGUCGUGACGUGUCGAAAACAGUCGCGUUGAAGUGCCGUAACGAUGCUUUGGAAAUUCAUGGAUCAUCAAUGCGAUUGUUCAGUACCAAGAAAAUCAUGUACACACCAACACGUCCUUCUGCGAAACCACGUUACUCACUUCGAGUGUUGAACCUGGCCGGUAUGGAAACAGAUGUUGUUGAAGACGGUGAUCAAGGAUGGUUAUCGCUUACCGCUACCGAGGGCGUUCCAAGUCAGAUUUCUGUCUCAAAUGUGAUCGCGAGAGAUAUCAACACGAAAGAGACCAUCAAACUUAUCAAUGACGAUGGUUGUGUGGUUCAUCAUUCGAUUCUCGGCAUUUCUCGACCGUCACCGCACGAGGUCCGCUACAAGAUCAAUUUUGGUGGAUUCCAUGAGCAG